CAGCAACGACCCCUGGCUUUCUUCGGGUAACCGCAUACAUUAACAGUCUUUGCAACAACAACAUCUUCGGCAAGGUGUCUGAUGCUUAACUUUGCCCUUCAGCCAUCCUUUUCAGCCGCGUGAAGAGGGGCUUCUCUAACAGGCGCGCUGGCCCUCAAGCUGUGCAGGCUAAUGGAUCAUGAUGGUCAGAUUGAGAGCGAGGGCAGAGGGAUGUCACACACUCACGUGGACGAGGCUGAUAAUCUGUCCAACUCUGAAGCUCUCUCUGCCCAAAAUCAAAAUCUCAACGAGACAAACUCGCUGACAGAGCAGAAAACCCUCCCUCUUUUACAAAAUGAGGAGAGAGGCCUCUUCCAAAAAACCUCUCUAAACAACAAUGAGAAUGUGGAGGAAGGGGUAGAAAAGGGAAAAGAGAGAUGCAAGGAUGAAGACGAGGAAGAAGAUUUUGAUGAAGUGAUGAAGGAAGAGGAGGAAGAGUCUGAGGGGUCAAACUGUUUGAUACGUUGCCAGUCUCCAGAUACUCCCAUGACUGAUUCUUCAUAUUCUGAAACUGGCAGUCUUUUGGAGACUCCAUAUCCUCUCAGUCCUGGGACCAGUCCAGAGCCUACAUCCCCUGUCAUCCCAGAGGUCACCCCAGAAACUAAACAUCUCAUCAGUUCACUAGAACUGAGCCAGUGUGAUUCUGAAGGAAACUCUCAUAUCUUAAACACUGGAUCAGGUGUCUCUACCACAAGGUCCGUUACCUGCACACCUGGGUCUCCCUUCACCACAGGGCCUGUAGAUUUUACUACUCAAACUCUGACCUCAGGCGCAUGGCCCAGCAACCCAACUGGAUCUACAGAAGCUUCUGACAGGAUAGCAAAAAAUUCUUCUGCAGAACCAUUAACCUCAUCCUCAGAGCCCAUCAUCAAAUGUGGGGCCAUUUUUACCAGCAGUUGUGCCAGUUCAGGACCAAAUCUGUCAGAUGCAGAGACAUUUGUGUUAACUGCACUAACAAGGUUAAACACUUCCACUGCUUCCACUCCUGCAAAUGCAACAACAGAACCCCUCUCCUUCACCACAAGGCCUAAUGCAACCAGUACAGAACUAACUUCCACCACAUCACCUGUAUCCUUAAAUCAGAGACAGAUUACCUCCACUCCAGUGACCACUUGUUUCUCAGGCUCCACCUGCUCAACAGAGCUCAUUUCCACCCCUGCUCUCCUGGAGUCUCUCGAACAACUGAUUGAAAGAGGCGACGACACCCACCUUCCACAGUACCUUCACCAGAUUGCUGAGGCCUUUGUCCUUUGUAAAGACUACCAGAGGGCAUUAUGGUUUGUCCAACUAGAGAGACUCUACCACCAGAGAGUAUUGGACAACCUGAAUGCACUUCAGGAGCAUUGGGAGAGUCAGUGUGGAGGGACAUCCUCUGGCUUGGCAACCCCCCAUCUGGACACUCUUAAACACAUCUGCCUGACACACACUCGACCAAGCACAAGAGAUGCUGAGUGUGCAUCUCUGGAUCUUUUAAUACCUAAAUUUGAAGAAGGUGGCUCACAGCCUUCAUGUACCUCAGUCCAUGAGGUUGAAGGUGGGAUGGAGCAGAAAGCUGAAGACUCCCAUUGUCCUGUCAUACCUUCUGUUAAUAUGCCUGAAAAGCUAAAUUCCCCUGGAAUAUUUCAAAUGAACAUGGAAAACCCCAACAAAGUACUUGAGGGGAGGGACAUUUUCUAUGGAUCUCAGCUGACUGACAAGCAAGACGAUGGCAUAGAAGGAGGAGAGGCAGAGGGAGGGGCUGGAUGCACCAUUUCAGCCAUAGGAAAAGGGCUACACCCCUCUACGGCUGAGGGAAUGGAUCAGUCCAAGCCUGCAGAGCAGCAGAGACAAGAUUUAGGCCCAGCACCAGAAAAGGAGGCAAAAGGGGAAGAAGUGAGUGAUGUAGGGGAGACAACAGAGCCUUUGGAAAUGGAAGAUGAAGAAGCUGAAGAUGAGGGGGAAGAGAAACAGAAGGAAGGAGAGUUUUGUUUUGGCCAGAACGCUGUCCUAGUGGAGACUCUGGUCAGUGGGGUUGAGGUGGAGGUACAACAGAUACAUCAGGAUGCUUUAGCUCAUGAAAAGCUGCACGAUGAGACACAGCAUCACCAAAACACCCAGGAGAGCUCUAAAACCUGCCUGCAUGAGGAGGCACACCCUCCCCAAGAGACUCAUAUGAAGCAGCACGAGCAGUAUACAGAGGAGAAGGAAGAGGAGUGGGACUAUGAGGUAGACCAAGCUGACAUCAUCAGAGAAGCUUCCUCACUGGACGACAUGGCAAAACUCAUCACUGUACAAGAGAUCUCACCUGCCUCUGGCCUUGUCUCCAUAUUGAAGAAGCGUAGUGUUUAUGUGGACAGUUAUGUGUCUGCCAGGUCAGAGCCUCGACCUAAAAAAGCUACUGCCACAAGACGCGUCCGCUUCAAAGUUCCUGAUGACAAUUAUGAGCACGAAAUUGGUGGUGGAGACUCCUGCCUGCUUCUCUUCCUCCUUUGCCUGGUUACUGUAGUAAUCAGUGUGGGUGGCACUGCCCUUUACUGUGCUUUUGGUGAUACACAAUCCUCAGUCUGUCAGGACUUCUCCAGAAACGCAGACUUCUACAUUGGCCAGAUACAUCGUGGGAUAUUGCAGAUUCAGCAUUGGUUCACCUCGGGGUCUUAGCAGGAAACGAAUGUCAACAAUGUGGAGCCACUGGCGUGUUGAUUCCUGCUACAGUCCUUGCAGCCAUGAGGAGUAAGUGGCUGUUAAUGGUUGAAUAUCUACAGAUUUCACAUAGAACUGGCAUUUGUAAGCCUUUGUAUUGUAUUUUUAAUUCUGAAUGCAAUCAUGGGACAUAUUCAGAGUUUAGGAUCGGAUGCCACAUCACAUCAGUGGGUUGGAAUGGAAAACGUCACAGAAUGAAAGACUAAAAUGGAGCCAUCCAUAUUCUCCUGAAACAAAGGAUCAGUCUGCAUCUUUGUCAGCCCAAAGUAAGCUGAAAAAGUAAAGAAAAAAAAACUUAAAGAGCUAUGAUGUUUAAGUGUCUGAAAUUACAUUGUUCCAUAAAUCCUUACUGACUCCAGCCCCAUCCCAGAGGAAAACAAAAUAAUGUCUACAAAACAUGGAAAUAAAAAAUGCACUGUUUAGUUUGCUCACUACAUUGCACAAAUGGGAAGAAUUCCAUUGAGUGUUUUAUAAACUGCUGCAACAACUGAUGUUGCUUUUAUUGUAGAUUUGUUUUUUCUUUUUUAUAACUAAAGAAAAUUUAACAUAAGGGGAAAACAAUAUGUCUACUAUUAGGAAUGAAAUCAUUGUGUCUUAAUUGUGUUUUAAACUUUUAAAUGAAUGUUUAAUGUUAAACGUUUCUUUGUAACAUUUAUAAAGCACUUGUUUGUCAGAGAACAUAUUGCAAAGGGUUAUUUUGGUAUUUAUAAUAAGUGAGCUGCUAAUGGAAUACAGUUGUGUGAAGUAUGAUCUGUGUGGAAAUUGACUUUAGUUGCAUAUAACAGCUGUUAUUUCAACUUAUCCAUUUGCAAUGAUCAGUUGUUUUUUUUCUCAAUCAGCUGUACAGCACACAUUUAACUAAAUACCCUUUUCUGUAAUAUAUAUAACGACAGGUUUACAGUGAGCUAACACGGCUGCGUUUGGCGAUGAAGUCCACAUGACAUUUUAUGGGUGAGCUAGAUCUACAGUAGCUUUGUGUAGCAUAUGCAACAUGUAGAGAAUCUCAGUGCACAUUUGUAGAUGCCAUCAAAGGAUUGCUAACUCCUGGCACAUAAACUGGUACAGUAGUGUUAAAGGAUUUUAUUAUAUUUCUACAGACAUUGUUCUGUAGGGCCAAAGCCAAGGCUCUUCAUUACACCCAAAAUAUCCAAUAUGCACUAAAUGUUUGUACAGACCACUUGAUCAGAAAACACUUUUAAUAGUUAAGUGGUGGUGUCAGGAAAUUGAGUAUUUUAUUAAUGAGACAUGUUCAGUUAAUAUUGAACCAUAUUAGUGUAGAUAAUGAGUACAGGACCACAUGAAGCGUUAUCUGCCUUUGUGUUUGCUCUUUUAUGGGGUUUGGGGCAUCAUCUGCUGGGAUUGUCAGGGCUUUCUAGUAGGUUUUUUCCCACCUUAGAAUCAUUUGUCACCUCUUGGUCUUCCAUAUUUGUCAUCUAGAUACCAUUGAUCAUGUUUGUUAAACAUGUCUUAUGAGUUUACAUAUGUUGAAAUUUGAGUACUGGUUUGAAAGGAGAUGAAUUAGAAGAGUUGGUCUGGAGGGGCGGAUUUUAUGUAAAAAAAAAAAAAAAGUGGAAAAACUUUUUUUUAAGCAUUGUUUUAUUUUCAAACCAGUGCUUUAUUUCUGUUCAUUGUACAGCACAUUUAGAAUUACUGAGAUAAUUUCUUGCUUUCUCUGCCUUUCAUCCAUAGCUUGAACAUUUUAUUCCAACAUUUGUAAUGCCUGCUGUCCUUUUAAUUAGAUUUCCUUUUAUUUGCUGUUGUGAUGGAUUGACGUAGAGUGCUUUAGAAAAUCCACAUAUCUGGUAUUAAAUGGUCUUUAUUAUCAGGAAGUAAAGAGAUGACUGUUAAAGACGACUGAUUCAAGUGCCCUACCGUAAAAUCCAGAUAAGGGAAUCUGAAUUUGAAUACCGAUGCAUUACCCAACAACAGAACAGUAUUAUCUCUCUUUUAAGGUCUGCACCUAACAAAAACCUAAUGAUUUGUUUGUGAUAUGGGGAUUUUCUAGCACACAACGUAGAGUCAGUUCAUCAUUUUGAUUUGCACAUGUCACUUGGCUGGUUCAGAUGACAUUGAUGACUCAGAAAAACCUCUUAUUUAAUCUGUUAUAUGGUUUUAAUUAUUUAUGAUAAUAGAGAUAUCAAUUAUAAGUGGUUUAAGAAAAGAAAACAGAUGUUUUCUUCUGGUUUCUGUUUCUGUUUUUUUUUUAUCUUACAUCACCAUUGUCCUUACAUAAGGCACGAUUCUUAGCAUCAUCAUCUAUAUUGUAUUUUUUCUUUUCACCAUUUUUUUAGUUCCUUUAGAUAAUUUGAAACCUGAGUGUUUCUGCUACAGCUGUCAGUAUCAUCUUUCUCACAGUGAUUGUUAAAUGAUCAUGUUCCUUUUAUUUUAUCUGAAAGAAUAGUCGUACAUUAUAUUUAUUUUUCACUCAUUGCUUUUGAGCAGAAAAUAAGAAAUGGAUGAAUGAGAAAUUGUGAUUUUUUUUUUUUUUUUUGUGAGUGGAUCAACUGUGUACCACUUAUCAGCCUGUUUAAAGAUUGUUUGUAUAAUUAGAUGAACUCUUACUUUGUUCUUACAGAUUGUAACAAGGAGGUGGGGUUUUUAUUUUCUUAUUAAAAACCACUUCUUCCCUG